AUGGCGAGCGACGAUGAGAGUGUUCAAUCUUCCCAGUCCUCCCGCUCCUUAGAAAGCGAAGACUUGGAGAACGAUGCUGAUGACGGGCUUGCAAUUAUAGGAAAGAAAACGCUGGCCCAGCUUCAAGCACGAUUAAAAAGAGAGGGUAUCUUCUACACAAAGGACGACAAACUGCCCAUCAUUCAAGGAAAAUCAGCGCCGUCUAUCAAGGGUUGCUUAUUGGCCGGUGACGAAACCCCCACAGAUGCCUUCGAAGAAGUAGCGAACUGGUGCAAAACGAAGAACGAGGAGCUGAUCGAACAGUUGGAAAGGCGCAAACUGAAGACACGGGGAGCUAAAUGGAUCCGUGUAGAGCGUCUUAUACAACAUGAGUUCCUCUGUCGCGACGAACAAGAAGACGAGAGUAGUUCCAAGGACCGCAAGGGCAAUGGCAAACGUAAAGGCCGUGCAGGCUCGAUGGAACCACCAAAAGACCAAGCGGUACCCAAGCUUGAUCCCGAAGAUGUCCACCAUACUGUUGCCAACCUACUGGUAUCGGCUCUUUACAAUGCUGUGUUCUUUGACAAGCGCACAGACCUCAUUGCAGGUUACAGGCCCAAGGGUGAUGAAGGGGUUACACCAUGGUCUCAACGCUUGUUAGGUCAUGGGCACAGUCACUCAACUCAAAGUAAGGCUUUCAAUGUUUUCAUUCAGUAG